CAGACAACAAUGAGUCACAGGGCAAUAGACAGACAGGCAUCCAAGAUGACCACAGCCAGUACCCCUGGGAGUGGGGAAUCCAAGGAGAAGAAAGGUGUAGCCAGAAAGAUUCGCAGCAGUGUAGCAAGUUUCUUUGGAAUUGAAGAUGAUGAGGAAAAGUCUAAACUCCAUCAGGAAAGGUGGAGGAACAGGAGACUUCAUUACUACAAGAAACAGGUCAAACCAGAGGAGCUGGAAAAGAGAGACCUUGGGCUGAAAGAUGAUCUGGAUGCCUCCACUAUCAAAUACAUCCAUGAUCCUUACAGAAUGCCAGGAUCAAGAAGGACAACUCCUCUGUCUAGUACCAGUACUUAUGCCCGAGUUAACAGACCAUCAAAGAGACUCAGGAAGGAAUCGGUAGCUAAGAUGACUGUUAAAGGCAUAAUGACGGUCACUGGAAUGAGGAACAAGCUCAGGAAGAAGCCACAACAGAGAAGUUUUGGACCAGGAAGUUACACAGGGGAAUUCCCAGACGAUCUGUCAGCUAGCAUUAACUAUCAUCAACAACAUGAGGAUGCAUUCAGUUUGGUGGAUGAUGUUUUCUAUGAUGAACCUAUUGCUCCACCAGAGAAACCAUUCCAGAAAAUGUCUAGCAUCGGUGAAGAGGGAGAAUAUGAACUACCUCGUGGUGGAUGGGGCAAGAGAAGAACUGGUCCCAAGGCAAAGCCCUCAGGAUACGAGGAUGGGGAGUUUGGACUGAGUCGAAUGGAGCCAGAGGUCGUGAACUCUAUCACAGCCAAUGACAAGAGGGAGGUGGGAAUGGGAUUUGUGGGCCGACUCUUCAACAGGAGUUACAGAAGUGAAAGAAUGAACUCAUACGUUAAGACUCAGAUUGACAGUAUAGAUGACCACAGACCUUAUUUCACUUACUGGGUGACAUUUGUACAGACCUUGAUAUUCAUUGUAUCUGUGGCUGUCUAUGGAAUUGCUCCAAUUGGAGUUUCAGAGACAGAGACCAAGAAAAUUGUUCUCAAACCAAACCUUGCUUUUGAAACAGUGAGAUAUGUUGAAAAAGACAACCUGUGGAUUGGACCAAAACAGGCCGACUUAAUACAUCUCGGAGCUAAGUAUUCACCCUGUAUGAGACAUGACGACAAUAUCUGGGCUGGAAUCUAUAAGGAUCGCGCUGAGGAGAAGGAAUCAGCAUGCUGUAUCCGUGAUGAUGGGUCUGGAUGUGUACAGUCUGUCAAAUCCAAGUGUAGUACUGUUCUCUCAACCUUUCACAAGUACAAUGCUUCAAUGGCUACCACAAACAAUGGAUUCACUGCAGGCUCAGUGUGUGGACAAGAUCCAAAAUACUGCAAUAAACCAGCUUCUGUGGCGCCUUUUGAGUGGGACAAAGCAGACAUCACAAAGUGGCCAUACUGUGAAGAUACAGGAAAACCAGUGUCCAAUGUGUCCUCCAAAAUUGACCGACAUAUGAGUUGUGACAUCACAGGUCGACCUUGUUGCCAUGGUAUCCAAGGAGAGUGUAUGAUUACCACUCGAGAGCACUGUAACUUUAUAGAGGGCUAUUAUCACGAGGACAAAUACCUGUGUUCACAGGUUAACUGCUUAGGACAGAUUUGUGGAAUGAUGGAUUUUGCUGAUGAAAAUAAACCAGAUCAGUUCUAUCGCUUAUGGACAUCUCUGUUUUUGCAUGGAGGGUUGUUUCACCUGGUGAUCACUAUAGGUUUCCAGUUCCUGGUUAUGCGGGACAUUGAGAAACUGACUGGCUGUAUUAGACUGGCUAUUAUUUAUCUGGGAAGUGGUGUAGCAGGGAAUUUAGCCAGCUCCAUUUUCCUACCAUAUCACGUAGAGGUGGGUCCUGCAGGCUGUCAGUUCGGAAUCCUCGCCUGUCUACUUGUGGAGGUUCUACAGAGUAUUCAGAUGUUAAAAACACCAUGUCUGGCUGUUCUAAAAAUAGGCGGUUUCAUCAUCUUUCUCUUCAUCCUGGGUCUGCUGCCCUGGAUUGACAACUGGGCCCAUGUCUGCGGUUUCCUGUUUGGAUUCCUGUUAGCCUUUUCUCUGUUACCGUACGUGUCGUUUGGAGAAUUCGACCGUCGACGGAAAAUUAUUGGGAUUAUUCUUUCCCUGGGAGGGGCCAUUUUCUUGUUUAUUAUACUGGUGGUUUUAUUUUAUGUCUUACCCUUGUAUGACUGUCCUGGGUGUCAAUACUUUAACUGUAUUCCACUCACAGGUGAUUUUUGCAAAAAUAUGGAAGUCAACAAUAAUCGUGAGUCCACAUACAGUGCAUUUCUCUAAUUUAAUCUGUGAUAAAAAGUUCAUGAGGAGCUCUUUCUUUCUACUUCUAAUAGUCCAAGGACCUACAGUACAUUGUAAGGUUGUGUUAUGUAAUAUUUGCAAUAGAUUAUCUACUCAGUUGUUAUGAAAGUUAUUUUUGAUUCAGAUAUUUUAUUUCUUUGACUAAAGAAAUGUACAUUGAGUUAUCUUUAAAGAUAUAGGAGAAACUCAUAUAGUAUGCAUAAUAUACAUGAACAGUGUGAGAUUUAAAAACUAGGAUGUUUUUUAACUAU